CUCCUCAUCUGUGCUCAGUUCUCUCACAGACACCAUCUCUGUUUGUCUCUCAGGAUUCUCUUGCGUUUGCUAUCUUUCUGUGUGGCUAAGCAUUUUAGGAUCAGAUCUGAGUUUAAUUGUGCUAGCCAUUUUUCUCUGAUUCUCAAAGCAUAAUGGCUGAACUCGCCCUCAACUUCGUCAGCCCAAUCAUAAAGUUUGCAGUCUCUAAAGCAAUUUCAUUUGCUGCUGCACAAAUCAGCACGGCAUGGGGUCUGGAGAAGGAGCUGGGGGAGCUUGCUCAAACACUGACUAUGAUCCAAGGAUUGCUUCAAGAUGCUGAAGAGAGGCAAGAAAGCGAUCCAGCCAUAAGGAGUUGGUUACAGAACCUCACAGAUGCAGCUUAUGAUGCGGUGGAUGUACUGGAUGAGUACGAGUAUGAGGUUCUUAAGCACAAAGUUCAGACUCAAGGCCGAAAAAUGAAACAGGUGCGCACCUUCUUUGGUGUUUUCAAUAGCGCUGCCUCUCGUCUUAGCAUGGCUGAUAAGAUUAGGAGGAUUAAUAAGACUCUGGAUAACAUCUACAACAAAGGGGUUUUGUAUCUGUCAAUCAGAUUGAGUGGCCAAUGUCAUUCCACUGCUGGUGCAAGGCAAUAUCCUAAGACAGAUCCCAACCCUGAUCGUUUCAAAUUUGUAGGAAGGCAUAAUGAUGUCUUAGAAAUUGUCAACAAGCUGGAUAACAUAAGGAGUCAACAUAUCCUCUCUGGCAUUUCAAUAGUAGGCUUUGGGGGCAUAGGCAAGACAACAUUAGCGAAGUCAAUAUGCAAAAUGGUAAAAGAACAAAAGUUGUAUGACCUGGUGGCUUGGGUCUGUGUGUCUGAGGAAUUUGAUGAAAAAAUAAUAUUAGGAGAUAUGUUAGAAUACCUUGGUAGCUCUGUUGGUCGAAUGAAUAAUAUAGGUGCACUUAUUCAGGAACUUGGGCAGAAGUUAGAAAAUAGAAAAUUUCUUCUAGUUCUUGAUGACAUGUGGAAUGAAGAUAGAGGCAAGUGGGAUAGUUUCAAUUCUCGUUUGUUAAAAAUUUUAAAAACCAGUGGAAACUCCAUUCUUGUGACUACUCGUAGUGAUAAGGUAGCAUCCAUAAUGGAGGCACUUCCAAUGCAAAAACAUGAUAUGGGGUUUGUUCACAAAUCUAAUGAAAGCCUUGUGGAAAUGGAGGAUAUUGGUAAUGAGUAUUUCCAGGAGUUGUUAUCUAAUUCUUUAUUCCAAAAUAUUGGAUGGGAUUUGUAUGGGAAUAUUGAAUCUUGCAAAAUGCAUGAUCUAGUGCAUGAUCUUUCAUUGCUUGUUUCAAAAGGUAAGACCUUGGUUUGGGACACUAGUUGCAAUUUUGAUGUUCAGAAUUGUAGUACUAUUCGACAUUUGAGAGUCAAGUCCAAGGUAACUGGUCUUCUAACCAUUCCAAGAAGUGUUGCUCAAAGGCUGCAUUCUUUGUUUUCAAAUGUUGAUGUUUUUUGUAGCAUGGCAUCAGAUCUCAAAAGCUUGCGAUCCUUGAAAUUAGAGGGAGGUCGGAAACAGUUGCCAGCUUCUCUUGGCAAAUUGAAACAUUUGAGGUACUUUGACAUCUCAGAAGCUUCUGUCAGUACAGUACCAAAAUCCUUCUCCAAGCUCUAUAAUUUGCAGACUUCAAAAUUUGUUGAUUGCUAUUAUCUUGAAAAGCUUCCCAGUGGCAUGGCAGAUCUCAUCAGCUUGAGGCAUAUCUAUUCUAGUGAUCCACAUGAUAUAUCUACCAUGCAGUUAACGUCCCUUCGAACAUUGUCACACUUUGUUGUGGGCACAAAAAAGGGAUGCCAGAUUGAAGACCUUGGAUGCUUAAGCCAACUUGGAGGAAAACUAGAGAUUUGGAAGCUUGAACAUGUAAGAUCCAAAUUGGAAGCUUCUAAAGCAAAUCUGAGAGAAAGGACAAAAUUGCAUCAAUUGAAAUUAUGCUGGAGUAGUGGGAAUGAAAGAGCAGUCGACAACAACAACGAUGAAGAGGUUCUAGAAAGCCUUCAACCUCAUUCAAAUUUGAAAAGCCUCACUAUUAAUGGUUACAAAGGAAAGAUGUUCCCAUCUUGGAUGGGGAAUGAUGUCAAUAAUUCUGGUUCAUCAUUCCUUCUUGACAACAUGGUGGAGUUGAACUUAAGUGAUUGCAAUGAGUGCACGUGUAUUUCGAGUUUGGGACUAUUGCCUUCUCUCAAAGUUCUUCGCAUUGAAAGAAUGCAUAAUGUUAGAAGAAUGGGUCACACGCUUCAGCCUGGCGGAGCAGAAUCAAUCAGAUUGUUCCCAGCUUUGAAAACACUCACUGUAGAUGACAUGGAAAGGCUAGAAGAAUGGGUUGAAGUUGUUGAGGAUGCAGCUGUAGGGAACCAAGGUGUGAUCGUGUUUCCUUGCCUUGAGGAUGUGGGGAUUUCUGAUUGUCCUUUGUUGGAGACUUGGUCGAUGGGCGGAUUUUCAUCUCAUCAUAAGCUCUCUAGGCUGAGGAUAAGGUGGUGUCAGAAACUGAUGGCUAUCCCUAGUUUAGAUGGGCUCUCAACUCUUACAAGGUUAGAGCUCGAGGACAAUAAUGGAUUAACAAGUCUACCAAUUGGGCUUGGAUCCUGCAUCUCUCUUCAGUUCUUGCGAAUUGAAAGUUGCCAUAAUCUGAACUCCAUUCCAAGCAUGAAUGGGCUCACAUCUCUUGAAGGCCUCUAUCUUUCUCAUCAGGAUGGAUUAACGUGUCUUCCAAUUGGGCUGGACUCAUGCAUUUCAUUUCAGAAGUUGAUAAUUGAAUUUUGCCCUAAUUUAAUUUCCAUUUCUGACGAUAUCAAGAAAUUGCGUUCUCUCAGUAUUCUUAGAAUAACACAUUGCGAAAAUCUAAGGGGCUUUCCAGAGGAGUGGCUAGAUAGCCUGACCCGCUUGAAGAUGUUAUGGCUUGGUCCUUUUUGGUCGGAGUUGGAGGAGUUCCCAGGAUUGACCUCCAUUCAUCAAUUCCACCCCUCGCUUGAAGUAUUGAUGUUGUUCGGAUGGAAAAAACUAAAGUCUCUGCCACAUCAGCUUCGACAUCUCAUUGGCCUCAAGGACUUAAUGUUUGGAGACUUCAAUGGCCUGGAAGCUUUGCCAGAGUGGUUGAGAGACUUCUCUUCUCUUCAUCAGCUGCAGAUUUGGGAUUGCUCUAAUUUGACUAAUCUGCCUUCUAUUGAAGCCAUGCGAGGCCUCUCCAACUUACAACGUCUUCACAUUUCGCACUGUCCAAAAUUGAAGAAAAGAUGCGCCAAAAAGAGGGGCCCCGAAUGGUCCAAGAUCUCCCACAUUCCCAAUAUCGAAAUCUAUGACCACCUGCAAUACACAUCGUCCAAUGAUUUCGGUAGCUUGAUCUAAAUAUUUAUGCGCAUCUGCUCAGGCCUCAGGGUUCCUCUAAAGCUAAUUAGCCAACUGUAAAUCUCUAAAGGAGUAGAAGACUAGCAAGACUAAAUAUCAAAAGCUUUCAUUUUUGAGGAGGAGAUGGGGAAUGCAAUGAAAACAGAAUGAUUGGAGCUGGAAUUCAGUAUAUUUCAGUGUUCAUCAAAGCUAGUAAGUCCUUGUCCUCCAAAUUCUCUGUUUUCUUUACACUGAUUACAUUUUCUUCAGGUUGCUUUGUUCUAACUUAUUUUGUUUCAUUCUUGUUUCUGACAUAUUUCAUCAUACUGCUCGUUCCACUACCAGGAAAACGUUUACAAGAAUGGAUGUAGCAGUUCGUUUGUUUCGUUUUGAUUCAUGUCUUGAAGCAGACGGGAACAAGAUUAUAUGCUUCGCUCUCUAAAAUGCAAGGAGCAGUUAGAGAUAGAGAAUGUGAACAAGAAAAAAAGACGUUCAUCAAAAGAAAAGUGCCUCUGUUCUUUGCCUUGGAAAGCUAUGGCAGAAAUCCGCUAAGGCUCAUAAAGUGUCUUCAAGUGGACGCUGUAAUAUGUUUCAUUGUCUGAACCUGUGCCUGUUUCAUUCUCAUUUGUUCUCCAUUUUCUUGUUGUAUUACUUGUUUUCUCUUUCCUCUUGCUGUUAUUGUGAUUGUUUGAAGAGGAUUUUGUAACAACACUCUCUUGAUAUAGUAAAGCUAUUUUUCAUGG